AUGGUAUGCCUAUACUCAUCACUCUCCCUAGUUGAAAUACAGCCUGAUCUGGCUAUAGUUGAAGUGCUGUUUGUAGACUAUGGGAACACAGAGGUUGUCCAGGUGAACACACUGAGAGAGAUGACCAGAGCUAGCAAACAUCUCAAGACUCUGCCUUUCCAGGCUAUAGAGUGUCAGCUGCAUGCCCUGCCACCACUAGGGGGCUCCUGGACCGCAAGUGCCAUGUACAGGUUCCUAGAACUUGCUCCACCUGAUAGACUGGUCACACUGAAGGUCAUAGAUUCAGCAUCUCAGCCACCAGCUGUGGAAAUCUUCAUCCCCGGUGAAGUUAAUGAGGAAUUCCUACACUCUAUAAACCAGCUUCUUCUCUCUGAGCCAGAAAUAUUCAUGCCUGAUGACAGCUGCAGUGACACAGUUGAUGAAGAUGUAUUACAAGAAUCUCAAACAGACAUUUCCUUGAAUCAGAGCAGUUACUCUGAUGAACCAGAUAAUUCACUCUACAUCACAGUGGACGAAUUCAGUGAAUCUGCCAUUUCGGAUCUGCCAAAUAUGGAUGCCAGUGCCACAGGCAGUGAGGAAACUUUGUCUCUAAAUAAUAACACUGAUGUCAAAAAUCAAAAUGCCGGCUCUGCUGGUGUUCCCUCUGAGAGACCUCAAUCUACCAGCUCAAGUUUAGGUGAGAUCAGUGCUGGAGGAGAUGGAUUGUGUUGUCAGCUGACAGUCCUUAGCCUAGAGGAUUGUGACACCCUGCCACGCCCACCUCUGUUACAGAUACCAAAGCCUGGAGAUUACCUAGAUGUUCACGUUAGCCUGGUUUUUAACCCGGGAAAUUUUGUGUGUGUCCCAUAUGAAAGCAUGGAGGAGACUCUAGAGUUGAUGGCCCAAAUGUCAGUGUUCUAUACAAAGGUACCAAAUGCAAAAGUGAGCAUAGACAAGGUCACACCAGGGGACCUGUUAGCUGGGGUGCUGGAAGGGGUCUGGUACAGGGUGGAAGUGAGAGCACUGGUUGGAGAACAGGGCUAG